AUGCUGUCCCUCGUCCCAAUUCUGGCAAUGGUUGCCACCCCAGCAAUCUCCGCCUCUAUCAGCAUCACGCCGCCCGCCCAAACCACCGAAUUAACCCAACUCCCCCUCGUAAUCUGGCACGGCCUCGGCGACGACUUCGAGCGCGAGGGUCUCUCCGAAGUAGCUUCCCUCGCAAACCUCACCAACCCUGGCACCCACGUGCACAUAAUCCGGCUUGCAGAAGAUGGCAACGGCGAUCGCCAAGCCACCUUCUUCGGUAACGUAACCUCCCAACUCGAAACUGUCUGCCAGCAACUCGCCCUCCACCCCGUCCUCCGUGACGCACCCGCAAUCAACGCCCUGGGCUUCUCGCAAGGCGGCCAAUUCCUGCGCGGCUACAUCGAGCGCUGCAACCAGCCCGCCGUGCACAACCUCGUCACCUUCGGCAGCCAGCACAACGGGAUCUCAGAGUUCGAAUCCUGCAAACUAGGCGACUGGUUCUGCAACACCGCGGAGGCCCUCCUGCGCGCGGGCACAUGGCUGGAUUUCACGCAGUCGCACGUCGUCCCUGCGCAGUAUUUCCGGGACCCGGAGGAGCUGGGCCCGUAUCAAGAGCACAGCAACUUCCUGGCCGAUAUUAAUAACGAGCGCGACGAAAAGAACCCAGAGUAUAAGGACCGGCUGGCGACGCUGAACGCGUUCGCGAUGUACAUGUUUGAGGAGGAUACGGUCGCUGUGCCGAAGGAGAGCGCACACUUUGCGGAGGUGAAUGCUACAAGCGGUGUGGUGACGCCGUUGGAGAAGCGGGCGAUUUAUACGGAAGAUUGGAUCGGGUUGAGGGCUCUUGGGGAGGCAAAGAAGUUGUUUUUCCGGACAGUGCCCGGUCAGCAUAUGCGCCUUGAGGAUGAGACGCUGAAGAGCGUUUUUAAGGAGUUUUUUGGCCCGCUGCAGACUCAGGUCAGGGCUGAGAAGCCGCGGCUUCUGGCGCAGGGUAAAUAA